CACUCGCACACACUGAUGCUGGUUGUCGCGGCGACACGUACACGGUUCAGGUAGGACCGUUUGGGGACGGCUAAGGAGAGAACGUGGUUUCCGUAGUAACCACCCCAGCUGCCCUCCUCCACCCCUCUCUCUCUCUCUUUCUUUCUUUCUCUCCUUCAGUCGUUCACUUGUGCCUGGUGAUGAUGGUGUCACCAUCCAUCUCUCUUUCUCUCUCCCACCCUCUUUCUUUCUUUCUCUGUAUCUUCUUCUUCUCUCUGGAUAUGGUUCCUUGAGCAGCCAAUGACAAAGGCUGGAGGAGAGCAAACGGAGUAGUCCUUUUUUUUUUCUUUCUGGACGGAAUUCUUCUCUUCCACUCUUCAUUGGUGGAAUUUUUUGGAAUCUUUUGAGGAAUUGGAAUUCUUGUUACAUAUUCUGGACAUUUGUGUGAGUGAGUGAGUGUGUUUGUGUGAGUGUGUGUGUGUGUGUGUAUGGUUGCUGUGGGGACGUGGCUGAUGCUUGAUAAUGGCUCAUGCGGCGUCUCAGAUUAAGAAGAAUAAAGAUGUGGAUGUUAACGCACUGGAGGAUGAAAAGGAAAGGAAAAGGAAGAGCAGGAAACACUCAAAGGAUCAAAAGAAAAAGUCGGACAGCAAUGCAAGUUAUCUGCGGGCAGCAAGGGCAGGGAACCUUGAGAAGGUCCUCGACUACCUAAAGACUGGUGUCGACAUCAACAUCUGUAAUCAGAAUGGGUUGAAUGCAUUGCACCUGGCGUCCAAAGAGGGGCAUGUGGACGUGGUGGCCGAGCUGCUCAAACUGGGCGCCAACGUAGAUGCAGCAACCAAGAAAGGAAACACGGCGCUGCACAUCGCCUCACUGGCGGGACAGGCGGAAGUGGUGAGAGAGCUAGUGACCAAUGGGGCCAACGUCAAUGCACAGAGCCAGAAUGGCUUUACCCCACUGUACAUGGCUGCACAGGAAAACCAUCUGGAUGUGGUGCGCUUCCUCUUAGAGAACAACUCCAGCCAGAGCAUUGCCACAGAGGAUGGCUUUACGCCGUUAGCCGUAGCCCUGCAGCAGGGUCAUGAUCAGGUGGUUUCUCUGUUGUUAGAGAAUGACACGAAAGGUAAAGUCCGUCUGCCUGCACUUCACAUCGCAGCUCGCAAGGACGACACCAAAUCGGCAGCUCUGCUUCUUCAGAAUGACCACAACGCGGAUGUCGAGUCUAAGAUGAUGGUGAAUAGAACAACAGAGAGCGGUUUCACUCCUCUCCACAUUGCUGCCCACUAUGGAAACAUCAACGUAGCAACACUACUGUUAAAUAGAGGAGCAGCAGUGGACUUCAUGGCAAGGAAUGACAUCACUCCACUGCAUGUGGCGGCUAAGAGAGGGAAUGGCAACAUGGUUAAGUUGCUGCUGGACCGAGGAGCGAAAAUUGAUGCCAAGACCAAGGAUGGUUUGACCCCUCUGCAUUGCGGCGCACGCAGUGGACAUGAGCAGGUUGUUGAGAUGCUGCUGGACAGGGGAGCUCCCAUCUUGUCCAAGACGAAAAACGGUCUGUCUCCGCUGCACAUGGCGACCCAAGGGGAUCACCUGAACUGUGUCCAGCUGCUCCUUCAGCACAAUGCCCCCGUGGAUGAUGUCACCAACGAUUACCUGACGGCACUGCAUGUGGCUGCUCACUGCGGACAUUACAAAGUGGCCAAAGUCAUUGUAGAUAAGAAGGCCAACCCUAAUGCUAAAGCCCUGAACGGUUUCACACCCCUUCAUAUUGCCUGUAAGAAGAACCGAAUGAAGGUGAUGGAGCUGCUGCUGAAACACGGGGCAUCACUGCAGGCGGUUACUGAGUCGGGGUUGACGCCCAUCCAUGUUGCUGCAUUUAUGGGUCAUGAGAACAUAGUGAAACAGCUCACGCACCAUGGAGCCUCACCCAACACCACCAAUGUGAGAGGUGAAACAGCAUUGCACAUGGCAGCAAGAGCCGGACAGGCUGAUGUUGUCAGAUACCUGCUACAGAAUGGUGCUAAAGUGGACAUCAAAGCCAAGGAUGACCAAACAGCCCUGCAUAUAGCUAGCCGUCUGGGAAAAGUAGAGAUUGUGCAGCAGUUGCUGCAGAAGGGGGCGUUACCCAAUGCUGCCACCACCUCCGGCUACACCCCUCUCCACCUCGCCGCCCGUGAGGGACAUCAGGAGAUAGCAGCACUCCUGCUGGAGCAGGGAACAUCACUCUCUGCAGCAACUAAGAAAGGGUUCACUCCCCUGCAUGUGGCUGCAAAGUAUGGGCAGUUGGAAGUGGCCAAUCUUCUGCUGCAGAAGAAAGCUGCCCCGGAUGCUGCAGGAAAGACUGGGUUAACACCGCUGCAUGUGGCUGCUCACUAUGAUAAUCAGAGAGUGGCUCUGUUACUCCUGGACCAGGGAGCAUCUCCUCAUUCUGCUGCGAAGAAUGGCUACACACCUCUCCACAUCGCAGCUAAGAAGAAUCAGUUGGAGAUUGGGACAACGUUGCUGGAAUAUGGGGCGGAGUGUAACACAGUGACCCGUCAGGGCAUCAGCCCCCUCCACCUCGCCGCACAAGAGGGCAGCGUAGACCUCGUAUCCCUGCUGCUCACCAAACAGGCUAAUGUUAAUAUGGGCAAUAAGAACGGUCUCACGCCGCUGCACCUGGCUGCACAGGAUGACAGGGCAGGCGUUGCUGAAGUGCUGUUGAAUCAUGGAGCAGAAAUUGAUGCCCAAACCAAGAGUGGUUACACUCCGUUGCAUGUGGCGUGUCACUAUGGCAACAUUAAGAUGGCCAACUUCCUGUUAGAGAAUCAGGCCAAGCCUAAUGCCAAAACAAAGAACGGUUACACACCUCUUCAUCAAGCAGCGCAGCAAGGCCACACCCACAUCAUUAAUAUGCUGCUUCAAUACGGAGCUUCGCCCAAUGAGCUCACAGUGAAUGGGAACACAGCUCUCUCCAUCGCCCGACGACUGGGAUACAUCUCCGUAGUGGACACGUUAAGAGGAGUUACAGAUGAAAACCUCACUGCCACGCCUGUAACUGAGAAACACAAGAUCAACGUCCCGGAGACCAUGAAUGAGUUCCUCGACAUGUCUGAUGAUGAAGCUGUGAAAGAUCAUGAAGCUCAGGCUGAUGAGGAAGAAGGUGAAGAUGCGAUGACCGGCGAGACUGAGAAAUAUCUUCGGCCACAGGACCUGAGGGAGUUAGGGGAUGACUCCUUACCGCAGGAGGGGUACAUGGGUUUCAGUAUUGGAGCCCGCUCUGCCAGUCUGCGCUCCUUCAGCUCAGACAGGUCCAACACUCUGAACAGAAGCUCCUUCGCUCGGGACAGCAUGAUGAUUGAAGAGAUGCUGGCGCCCACCAAAGACACGCACCUUGCAGUGACUCGUGAAUACAACAACGAGUGUAUGCGGCGGUACAGUUGGACCCCUGAUACAGUGGACCACUCGCAUAACACUGUCUGCAGUCCUGUGCAUUCUGGCCCUUCCUCCCCGCUUCCUCAGUAUGACUCCAGGUUUCUAGUGAGUUUCAUGGUGGAUGCUCGGGGCGGGUCGAUGAGAGGAAGUCGUCAUGAUGGGAUGCGUAUAAUCAUUCCACCUAGAAAGUGUCCAGCACCAACACGAAUCACCUGCCGCCUAGCAAAGCGACACCGCCUGGCGUACCCACCCCCUAUGGUGGAGGGAGAGGGUCUUGUGAGCAGGCUGGUGGAGAUGGGGCCAGCAGGGGCACAGUUUUUGGGGCCUGUGAUAGUUGAAAUUCCUCAUUUUGGCUCCAUGCGGGGAAAGGAAAGAGAGCUGAUCGUGCUACGCAGCGAUAAUGGAGAAACCUGGAAAGAACAUCAUUAUGACUGUAAAGUGACAGAGCUCACCUCCAUCCUCAAUGGCAUGGAUGAGGAGAUGGACAGUCCAGCAGAGCUGGAGAAAAAACGUAUCUGCCGCAUCAUCACAAAAGAUUUCCCACAGUACUUUGCGGUGGUGUCACGCAUCAAACAAGAAAGUGAUUACAUGGGACCAGAGGGCGGAGUCCUGAGCAGUGAGGCGGUUCCCAUGGUAAAGGCUGCCUUUCCCCAGGGAGCGCUUACGAAGAAGAUUCGUGUUGGGCUACAGGCACAGCCAGUGCCAGAUGACAUUGUGCGGACGAUCACUGGUAACCGUGCGUCCUUCAGUCCAAUUGUUACUGUGGAGCCCAGAAGGAGGAAAUUCCACAAGCCCAUCACCAUGACAAUCCCUGUGCCGCCCAGAUCCAAAGAGGCUGUUGCUAACGGACGCAAAGGAGAACCUGCCCCCUGCCUUAGACUGCUCUGUAGCAUUACAGGUGGAACAUCCCCUGCACAGUGGGAAGACAUCACUGGGACCACUCCACUCUCCUUUGUCACAGACUGUGUUUCCUUCACCACAAAUGUGUCUGCAAGAUUUUGGUUGGCAGACUGUCAGCAGAUCAGCGAGACAGUGGGUUUAGCUUCUCAGUUGUACCGAGAGCUGAUCUGCGUUCCAUAUCUGGCCAAGUUUGUCGUGUUUGCUAAAAUGAUCGACCCUGUAGAAUCCCGCUUGCGUUGUUUCUGCAUGACUGACGACAAAGUUGAUAAAACUCUGGAGCAGCAGGAGAACUUUGAGGAGGUGGCAAGGAGCAAAGACAUUGAGAUUCUGGAGGGUAAGCCCAUUCAUGUAGAAUGCUACGGCAACAUCGCUCCUCUGGCAAAGAGUGGUCAGCAACUCAUCUUCAACUUUUAUGCCUUCAAAGAGAACCGACUCCCAUUCAAUAUCAAGGUCAGAGAUAUGGGCCAAGAGCCAUGUGGGAGAAUCUCAUUCCUCAGAGAACCUAAAAUCGCAAAAGGCCUGCCACAGAGUGCAAUCUGCAACCUUAACUUUACACUGCCAACACACAGGAAGGAAAUGGAGUCGGAUCCUGAUGAUGAGAAUGACAAAGAUCGACGACAUACCUUUGCCUCAUUAGCAUUGCGAAAACGCUACAGCUAUCUGGCCGAUCCAGCAUCCAAAACAGCUGAAAGAGGCCAUAACACCACCACUCCAAAAACCACGCCGCAGCCUUCUGGCUACGCUUACAAGCCUGUCUUUACGACGCGCUCCUACCAGGCCUGGGCGACAAGCUCUCCCGUCAACGUCCCCAGCCAGACGAAGUCUGGAUUUGGCUCCCUCUCCAGCUCGUCAUCCAACACCCCCUCAGCCUCCCCACUGAGGUCGGUGUGGUCUGUGAACUCUGCCUCUCCUAUCAAAUCCAUUAUUGGAGGUUCACCAGCGUCUUCCAUCAAAUCUGCCAGCGACGUUGCAUCACCGAUUCGAUCCUACAGAACAAUCUCCUCACCAAUUAAAACUGUAGUUCAAGGUGCCCAGUAUCCAGUCCAAGCCUCCCCCACCCUUCUGUCCUCCCCGGGCAAGAGUGCCCCUGAUCCAGUUUCAAUUAAAGGCCUAACAGGGCUCUCAGCCAGGACAUCUCCUGUACCAUCUGGAACCUUGCUGGAAAGAUCCUCUAUUGCUAUGACUCCUCCAGCCUCACCUAAGUCUUCACUAAACAUGUACAGCUCAAGUUUGCCAUAUAAGUCUGUCGUAACCUCUAACCCUCCAGCAACCUGCUCCCCCAUUAAAACUGUCCCGGGAUUCUCCUCUAUUAGAACCAGCACUGAUGCCUCUGCCAGAGGAUUUCUGUCAUCCCUGUCCUCACCAUUGAAAUCCGGCUCAGCCACUACAGCAGCUGCGCUGAUCAAUGGGACAGUUUCCCCAACCAAAUAUCGCUCCUCCUCCCCAACAACCCAUCUUACCAGCACCCUGCAGGAAAGAAUUCAAGCCACAACAAAUGCAGCAACAACGAGUGUAAACGCUGCCUUUGAUGAGGUGGAAAAAACUUUUAAUUCCUGCUCUGCUGGUUAUGGCACACUAAAGUCAGUGUCCUCCACUCCCUCGUCCUCUUACCAGUCUAUACGUUCCUCUGCAUCCAGCUCACUGUAUGCCUCUCUCAGAUCCCCUCCGAAUUCAACCACAUCUGUAACUUCCAGCACUAUUACAGUCCCUGUCUAUUCCGUUAUAAAUGUCUUACCUGAACCUCAGUUUAAAAAGCUCCCUGAAGUCUCAAUGUCAACAGCUGCUCUCCUGUCCCCCAGAAAGGCCAUGCCCCAAGAGGUCAAUGCCCAGACUCAGUCCUCUUUUGCCAGAACUCUGUCUCCCGUCAAGACUCCAAUGCACAUGUCCCCCGGAACAAUCAAAUCUGCUACCUCUUCAUCACCUCUGUCCAACAGCCAGGAGAUACUAAAAGAUGUGGCCGAAAUGAAGGAGGACUUAAUCAGAAUGUCUGCAAUUUUGCAAACUGAUACAAAUUCAAGCUCCAAAGGUUAUCAUUCUGACUCUAAGGAGCAUAAAGUGGAAGAUGAGGAGCCUUUCAAAAUUGUAGAGAAAGUCAAACAGGACCUUGUCAAAGUCAGUGAAAUUCUUAGCAAGGAUGUUUUGAGAGAGAGUAAGGCAAAUAUUAAAAACAGCAAAACAGAAGAUGUCCUAGAGGAUGACAUAGACGAUAAUCCACAAAAUGAAUGGAGAUGCCCCCCUCGAUAUGAAACAUUAGCCCCUCAAGUCAAAACAAAACAAGUAUCUGACAGAGAUUUUAACCUUGCAAAAGUUGUUGAUUACCUAACCAAUGACAUUGGCACAAGUUCUCUUUCUAAAAUAGCAGAGGCUAAACAAAGAACAGAGGAAGCAAGGAGAGAAGGAGAGGAGAAACAAAAACGUGUCCUGAAACCUGCAAUGGCAUUACAGGAGCACAAGCUCAAAAUGCCUCCAACCAAUAUGCGCCCCUCACCUUCAGAAAAAGAACUUUCAAAGCUAGCCGAUGCAUUGUUUGGCCCUGAAAUCGCACUAGACUCUCCUGAUGACGUCUCCCAUGACCAAGACAAGAGUCCACUUUCAGACAGUGGGUUUGAAACCCGCAGUGAGAGAACUCCCUCUGCCCCCCAAAGUGCAGAAGGAAUGGGGCCCAAAGGUCUCUUCCAGGAGAUUCCUCCUGUCAUCACUGAAACACGCACAGAGGUCGUACAUGUCAUAAGGAGCUAUGAGCCUCCAGAGGAUCCUAAGGAGCCGGCAUUGGAAGAUGCUAGAAUGACAAAGCCUCCACUGCGAUGUGCAGACACUGAGCCUCGAUCACCUGGUGGGUCCAUCAAAGAAAGAGUUAAAGCUUACCAAGCCAGAGUCAAUGCGGAGGAUGAUGUGAUGAGCAAAGGUAUGCGGGUCAAAGAGGAGACUCACAUAACAACAACAACAAGAAUGGUAUACCACAAACCCCCAGUUAAAGAGGCUGCAUCCGAGAGGAUGGAGGAGACCAUGUCUGUACGAGACAUAAUGAAGGCCUUCCAAUCUGGGAAGGAUCCAUCUAGAGAGUUAACAGGCCUGUUUGAGCACAAAAGCAGCAGUGAAGGGGCAGAUCCAUCUGUUAGGCCUCUAGACCCAAUGCCCAAGGUUGAGCGUAUCAUUGAGGUUCACAUUGAGAAAGGCAACAAAGCUGAACCAACUGAAGUAAUUAUCAGAGAAACAAAAAAUCACCCUGAGAAGGAAAUGUACAUAUAUCAGGGCAAAAGUGGCAUGAAGGAACUGCAACAUAGGAUGAGCAGUGAGCAACGUGACAGCAUAGAACCUGAAGAAUCUCUUCCUUGUUAUCUGGACUCCAGAAUACAUGUGCCUGUCUCUGUGGAGGAUGAUAAGACCUUGAAAUUGCUUAGUCAGCAGUCAGUGGAGUACCAUGAUGAUGAAUCAUCUGAAACGAGAGGAGAAUCAUACAAAUUUGCAGAGAAAAUGCUCCUGUCAGAAAAAUUUGACUCUUCCCAUUCAGACUCAGAUGAAUCUGUGAUUGAUAGGUCUCGAUAUUAUGGUGAGGGAACACAAGGUGGCUCAAUUAGAGAAUUCAUGCUAAAGCCUGAUAGGUCAGGUCGAUCAUCAGAAGAUGACAAUUAUGACAAACUCACUUUGCUGCAGUAUGCUUCUGAUCCUGACAGUCCAAAAAAGUCUAUUUGGAUGAGAGUUUCCGAAGAUGGGCAGAGUAAAAGCAGAGACAAUCACAAGUAUGGGGACAGAGUAGACAGAACUGUCAAAGAGGCAGAAGAAAAACUUAGCGAAGUCUCACAGUUCUUUCGUGAUAAAACUGAAAAACUGAAUGAUGAGCUUCAGUCCCCUGAAAAGAAGCAUCGCAGACAAGAUGCAAGGGAGACUCGUUCUGGCCCCAGCUCAACAUGUAGUAGCCCAGAGAGGUCAAUGCACAGGAAUGGAGGUACUGGAGAGGACUGGAGUAGAGACAGGUUUAGGGAUAAAUAUGAUUGCCAUGACAGAAAAUGUGCCAGUCUACCAAGCAGUCCUGAAAGACGAGUUUUGCUUCGAUACAAUGAUGACCCAAAAAAGGGAGACAGCUCAUCUGCAAGCAGUGCAAGUGAAUCGUCUAAAUACUUCCAGCCCUCAACAUCUAAGGUUAGCUCGGUGAGAAUGAAAUUUGAAUCAGAGGUCCAGAAACAAGAUAAAGGUCCACAGUGGGGACACACUUCAGGAUCCCCAGUGAGGAAGCUGCAGGAAAGUAAGCUGCCUGUUUAUCAAGUUUUUGCAGGGGGGAAUCCCCCAAAGUCAACAGAGUCUUCAGAAAGUGAGAGAAGCCCCAAAAAAGAUAGUGAGGGUGGGCACAGUUACAAUGUUCGAAAGGCUCAAGUGUUUGCCCAGAAUCAACAGAGUGAAAGACAGAGAAAUAGGUCAGAUAACUCUUCACCGAAACAUCACCACAAUGUUUACAGUAAUGAGCAAAUUGCCAGUGAAGACAGAAAAAUAUACAAAACUUGGGAAAACCAUGGCAAUGGGCAGCUGAAAGGCCAAAAGACAAAGCUCACUCAUACUCUAGUGCAUGAUAGGCAAAAGGAUGACUCACAGAAUGAGACGAAAGAAGAAACAACUAAAAAGAUAAUUUACACAGAGCUUGUAAUUCGAGAAGACCCUAGUAAUACUGAAAAAUGCAAUGGUGCUCUAAAAAAAAACUCGGAAUCACAAAUUCCUGUUAGGGUUUCAUCUAGUUUCAUAGACCAUCAUCAAAGUAGUACUUUAAAGUUAGAUUCCUCCAUCAAAUCUGAAAGAACAGGGUCUCACAUAGCCAGAAAUACACAGCACCCUAAUUCGGGUGCUAGCAAAUCACCUAGUGAUGUGUCAUCUGUAGUGAACUCAGAUUCUAGCAGGCAGAUUGUGAAUAUAGUCUGUAAUGGUGUGGAUGAUAACCAAGUUGAGUAUAUCGAAAAAGUGACCCCAGGUGUCACUGCGGACAUUAAACCUCUUCCUGUUUAUGUCAGCAUUCAAGUAGGUAAACAGUACGAGAAAGAAACUGCUACUGGCCAGUUAAGCACUUACAAAAAAGUUGUGAGCCAUGAGAGCAGGACAGUACAUGAAACACGUGGAGCGUUUUAUUCUGUCAAACAGAAGCAGCCGCAGUCUCCACAGGGUAGCCCUGAAGAUGAUACGUUAGAGCAGGUUACAUUUAUGGACAGUUCAGGGAAGAGUCCGGUAACUCCUGAGACGCCUACCUCUGAGGAGGUCAGCUACGACCUGAACUCCAGAGCUCCUGAGCCUAUCAUCGGUUCCAUGGCUGGCAUGCCAAGCCCAAUCCCAGAGGAGUCAGAGGAAGAGGAGCAGCCCAAGACAUUCAUUUUCAGAGAAGUACCAGCAGAAAAAGCCAAGUCAGAGCCUUCAAAAAGAAAACAAGACUCGAAUGGAAAAAGGUCCAAAGACAAGCGCAUAGCAUACAUUGAGUUUCCACCACCACCGCCUUUAGAAACUGAGCAUGCUGACCCUGAAAAGAGGGGGUCGUGUCCUUCCUCAGAAGCAGAAACAGAGAUGAUGGAGGUGAACCUACAAGAGGAGCAUGACAGACAUCUCCUUGCAGAGCCAGUAAUCAGAGUCCAGCCUCCUUCCCCUCUUCCACCUGGAGCUGACAACAGUGAUUCUAGUGAUGAUGAAUCUGUUUUUCAGCCUGCCCCCCUCAAGAAGUACACCUUCAAAAUGGCAGAAGAGUGUGAGAAACGUGUUAAGCCUAAGAAACCAGAGAGAAACGGCUCCCACCACAAGGAAUCAGGUAUCAACGGCAUUGUUAAAGGAGAAGAGGUGGAAUGUGAACAGAAUGGAAAUGAUCAAUCUAUCACUGAUUGCUCGAUAGCAACGACUGCUGAAUUUUCCCAUGAUACAGAUGCCACUGAGAUAGAUUCUCUUGACGGGUAUGACCUACAAGAUGAGGACGAUGGACUGAGUGACCCUAAAACGUCCAGUCUGUCGAAUGAGGGAAAAGCAGGAGAUCGGUCUUUUAGCCAGAGCAAACUUGAAGUAAUUGAAGAAGAGAGCACACCAAAUGAGGAAACCGGGGAAAAGGCAAAAACAAAGAGGUCAUCUGGGAAAAAAUCUGACAAUGGGAAAGAGGACAAAAUCUACUCUUUAGAGGGAAGACACCCAGAUAGACAAGGUUUUACAGACAAUUAUUUCAAGUACCAGCUAGAGGAGGAAAUAAACACUACCUUUAAAACUGUGGCUACCAAAGGCCUGGAUUUUGAUCCAUGGUCUGGUAAAGUGGGAGAGGAGGGAGCUUUUGAUGCUAAAAACAAAGAUGACGAUCCGAAGCCAUGUGCUUUGUCAGUGGAAGACAAAUCGCAAGCAACCACGCCGGAUACCACCCCAGCAAGAACCCCGACAGAUGAGAGCACCCCAACUAGUGAGCCCAACCCUUUCCCCUUCCACGAGGGCAAGAUGUUUGAGAUGACCCGCAGUGGUGCUAUUGACAUGAGCAAGAGGGACUUUGUUGAAGAGAGACUUCAGUUUUUUCAGAUUGGUGAGCAUACAUCAGAUGGGCAGUCAGGGGACAAGGGGAAAGGGGGCAGGAAUGCGGGGGUAGUCGCCUCUCACUCAAAGGCAGGGGAAAGAGCUGUAGAGGGGAAGGUAGAGGAAACCGCAGAUUUAUCGCCCUCCAGAGGCAGCACAGUGCAAGGCAGUGCUGACUGCGUGGACGCACCUCCAUUCGCUGACACCACCUCAUGCACUGUCACAGCCUCCAAGGUCGACCCCAAAUUACGCACCCCCAUUAAGAUGGGCAUCGCCGCUUCCAUUACUAUAAAGAAAGACCCUGGCUCAGCUGAACUGACUGAUGUUAAAACUGAGUCCUCAGACAGUCAGAUGCCGGAAUACAUUAGCUUGGAGUCUCAAUUAGCUGAAAGUCACUUUGAUAGCAGGCACACUAACUCUUCCCCGACUGGCAGAAAAGAUUACCCAUCAGAAAACUACAAUAACAACAAUAAUUUAGAGUCCUCCAAUGUGCAGGCCAACUACAUCCAGUGUGGCAGUGUAGUGUUCAAUUUGCAGUCAUCUUCUGAACCCACCUUGCAGAAAGCUAGUAGAAUAGAAGCUCAGUUCUGCAGGGAGUCUUUGGAGAAAGUGGAGAAGGUCAGCGCUGAGAGUCCUCAGACUAAGGUAGUCUCAGAAAACAGGCAGCCCAAGUCUAGGCUCCCAGUCAAGGCAGCAGGGUUCAGUUUUAACACGCUCAGUUCAGGGAAGCAGAAGCCUAAACAGGUUGUGAGGCCAGAGGCAAGGAAAGUAGACCCUGCAUCCAUAAUGCCUGAGCCCAAGUCUAGAAUACCUGUCAAGGACAUCAAAAGAAAUGGUGCAGUUUACUCAGCUGUCACAGCUCAGGUAGUUCCAAGGUCAAGUAAGCUCACAGAGCCAGAGAGAUCCGUCAGACCAGUAGUUCCCUCCAAGCUGCCUUUCAAAGACAGGCCAUCUGGUGCUUCCGGUGGUUCAGUUAGCGAGGUGUGUAGGCAGUCGAUUGAGUUCUUAAAGAACGUUAGCGGAGAAGCAAUAAAGGUGGCCGAACGACUUUCAGACGAGGAGAAACAGACACAGGGAGAGCAGUCGCAAUCGGAGGAGGACAGCAGCACAUCACGAAGCACCUCACUAUCGGACCCCUCUCAGUCCCAGCCCUCCCUCUCCGCUGGCUCCUCCCGAGGGGUCACACCCUCGAGGACAAAGGUCACAAGGGCGGCGGGCAGUGAGAGGAGGAGGAGUAAGCGGACUGGAGGAGGGAAGGAGGGCAGUAAGAACGAAGGGGCUCGCAGGUCGCCCCCCGUCGCGGAGAUCAAGCCUAGUCCACAGAGUCCCUGUGAGAGAACAGACCUUCGCAUGGCCAUUGUUGCUGAUCACCUGGGACUAAGCUGGACAGAGCUGGCUCGAGAGAUGAAUUUUUCUGUGGAUGAGAUAAACCACAUCCGCACAGAGAACCCAAACUCUCUCACAGCCCAGAGCUUUAUGCUCCUUAAGAAGUGGGUCAGUCGGGAUGGGAAAAACGCCACAACGGAUGCACUGACGGCUGUCCUGACUAAAGUGAACCGGAUGGAUAUUGUGACUCUGCUGGAAGGGCCCAUAUUUGACUAUGGUAACAUUUCAGGCACCAGAAGUUUUGCAGAUGAUAGCGCUGUGUGCCAGGAAAAGGCGGAUGGUUUCCACAACAUCCUGGCUCAACUGCAGUCAACUACCAACCCCAUCCCCACCACACCCCCUAUCUGCCCCUCUAUGUCUGAUGACAUCGAACCCAUCUCAGAUUUGCCCCUUGACCCUCCCCCUUAUUGCCCCUCCUGGGGAAUAGAGCGGUACAGCGAGGACGAGUCUGGCGGAAUCACCCCAGCCAGACCCUGCGACCUGCCCCUGUCCAAACCUGUAAACCAGCCUCACGUAAUCUCUGAAACAACUGCCGAAAUACACGCACACAUGCUCUCCCCUGAUCCACAUGCACAAUCUCAGCUUCCUCCUGACAACCCCAAAGUCACAACACAGCUUUCAGCUGUCACAUGUGACCCUGACUCACACCUUACCCCUGAGCUUUCUCCCCUAGACCAUGAUGAACCUCCUCUAAACCCCUUGGUUUGCUCUGUACCGCUCCAGUCUGUCCCCAAAACAGACCCACCCACAACCAGGAUCGAACAGGACCAGCUUGUACAGCAGCGGUCUCAACAAAAGGAACAGAGAGAAGAAAAUGAGAAAAAAAAGUCUUUUCACUCACAACAGAAAUCGUCCUCUCCAGUGGAACAGACUGAACUAGCACACAAGGGAAAAGAAGAGUGUAAGAGUUCCUCAUCAUCAUUACUACCAUCACCAUUAGAAGAAGCAAAAGUUAACAUGAGGGAAGAAGAGAGAGUGAUUCUGACAGAGAUCAAAAGUCAUGAUGAGUCUCCUUUGCGACCCUGGGCAGAAGUCCUCAGGGAGUCUGGCUCAGGAGGAGAGGAGGAAGAGGAGGAGGAAGCCGAGAAAAGACAGGAGUGGCCAGAGGUGACAGGAGGCCACGUCGCAGAGAGGGAGAGGGAAGUGAAUGAGGAGAUGACUAAGGAGAAAGUGAGAGAGGUAGCGAGAGGUGUUGAACAAAUUGAGUCUGAGUUGUGCUCGCUUUCCGCAGGCUGGCUCACUGAGACAUCGGAGCAGCCCGCUUCAGGGCGGAGUCACGGGUCAGACUUCAUGGACAGACAGGACAACAGUCAGGAGAACUCCAGUGACUCCAUGACAUCGUCAUCCAGAGCGGAUUCAGGAAAACCUCGACAAAACGGCGAGCACUCCGACACCAUACCCCGCAGCUCAGCGUCUCAGGAAUCAGCCAAUGGUGUGAAAGCAGGGGCGGGCAAACAAGAAGGAGCUCUGAUUGCUGAGCACAAAGUCCAGCAGCGGUUAUCAACAGAGACCGGCCUGGAUGAAGAGCGUACCGUCACCACCAAAGUGUUUCGUAGACGUCUCAUUCUCAAGGGAGAGGAGGCGCGGAACAUUCCUGGAGAGUCAGUUUCAGAGGAGCAGUUUAUUGAUGAAGAUGGAAACAUCAUCACCAGAAAAGUCAUUCGAAAGGUGAUUUGCCGUGUGGACACUCCCACUCCUGAAAACCAGGACUUGGGGAGUGGUGUGGGGUCACAGGGAGACCCUGCUACCCUGGGGAAGAGCCACGUACCCCUGGUCCCUGAUAUCCAAACCCAUCUCGCUACAUAUGCUGAGGGAGAAGUUUCCAAGGUGAGGAAGAAGGAAGAAAAACGUUCAGAGAGAAAACAUCAUUCAUAAAUGUGGCUUCACAACUAUAGGCAGGUUUGCAGGUAUAUUUCUGAUCUGUUUCCUGAGCGGCGGGGCCACAAGAGCCGAAAAGAGACAUUUGGCCUGAAAAAAACAUCUACAGCUUCCACUCUGAAACGCAUGGUCUUCAGAGAGACAGAACUUUGACCUAUCCGCUUGCGCAUGAGCAUGCAUCACACUGCAGACACACUUCCUGUUCCAAGGGGGUCUUGAUGAAUUCUAUUUCCUGAGAUGGGUCCCGGUGAAUUCUACUUCCUCUCUGUGUUGGGUCCUGCGUAAUUCUACUUGCUCUUUCUGGGGGACCUACGAGAUUACACUUCAUUCGUCUUGGUGGUUAAUACCUGUGCUGACCUGGACCAUCAGGAAAUCAGAAACUGUUUUGUGUGCCAUGAAUAUCCGAUGAAUAAAUGAGAGGGGUAUAUUCAAAUGACCCUUCAAACCGUAUACUCACAAAUUUCCCCCGUGACCAAAGAUGGCACAAAAGCUCUUUUUCGUGUUUUAGGGGGGAAAAUACAAAACAAUAGAUGCUGUUGAACCACACCUUACAUUCGCCUUACACGUUACCGUGGACCCAUGACGUCAGGAGGAGGAUCCCUGUGUUUUAUUUUUUAUUUAUAAAACAAAAAUAAAUUAUGUGGUGGACUUUUCUGUACAUAAAUCACAAUAUGUAAAAAAAAAAUCAAAUACAGUUUAGUAGUUAGGUUUGGCGAAAGCACCGCAGACAUACACUUUACAAGUGCUUUCGACAUUUUAAAGACAGUGAAACUUCACAUGCUCUUGUAUAAUUAAUUAUUAUAGCAGGUAUGUUUGUAUAUGAGAAAAGUUGGUUCGGUUUUCAGGGGACAUUUCCUUAAAAUCCUCUGCGAAUUUCAACGAUUCCCAAAAUGGGAAUUUAUCGAAUUCUGUGAAGAAGUCAAACAGAGGACUAAUAUUUUGAUGCAUGCAGUUCACCUUAUUUUAAGAACCUUUUUUCUAAGUUUGCAAAACACUGUAUUUAAAAAAGACGAGUAAGAAAAGACUUUUUCUUGUGGACACAUACAACAUGUCUCAACUUUUAUAUUCCAAAUGUCACCCUACAAGCGUCCAUCAUGUAGAAACGGUUACGUGUGAAAAGCUCUAACCAGACUGCUUCCUUAGGACUUCGGUGUAGUGUCUGUUAUCUUUCAUAUGGAAGACGGCGUCCGCUGAUGUUAGCCUGAGCGCUGCGAGUUAAGAGGUGUUCAGAAUGUAUAUGCUAGUAAUCAGCAUCUCUGUUCAACUAUCACUGUAUCAUGUGUAUUGGCUGUACAAUGUAGAGGUCUCUCUUUGUCUUAAGGCUGUUUGUAAUCAUUAUAGGAAUGUCUUCGGGGUUUUUUCUUUCUUUCUUUCUUUCUUUCUGAUUGCUGAGGUUUUAAAAUAAAAUUUUGGCAUUUCGUUUCAGGUUAAGUUAAUAUUAACAUUUAACAUUUUCAUCUGGAGUCACACUUAUGGGAUGUCUUUAGACCUUUAUUACUUGUAGAUUUAAUAGCUUAUGUAUUACAAAUGACACACACUGGAUGGUCAUUCUAAUUUUAAGUAUUACAAGAAAUCCAAUUUCGGAACUGUGUGAUAUAUUUUAGACCAGCGAGUCGAUGUGUUGCAGUGUUCUGCAUCGGUUUUUGAUAAUAUAGGAUUUUCUUUAGCGAUUACUUUCUGUUUGUUCGUUUGUUUCGUUUUCCUCCAAUAGAGUCUUUUUAGCUUGUGGUGUGUAUGGUGUGAAAAAUCCUUUUAGUGUGCUGAAUUUUGCUAUGGCAGUGAGAUCUGAAGGACCCGGGAAACUAGGUCACGAUGGGGUGUGGUUCUGCUUCCCUGUUACAUGUCAAUCAAACUGUGGGAGGGGCCUGACACGGUCCAUUCAGUUGGUUUUGUUUAAUAUAAUAUGUUUUCACCUGAGCAACAUUUUUGAUGUACAAUUCUUACAAUGAGUGAAGCCAUUUAAAUGUAACUAUAAUAGCACUUUGGUUAUUGGAGGUCUUCUCUUUUAGAAACUAGCAGCUAUGAUGCCACCAUAAUGUUUCAAAUGUCUUACAAAAAUCUGAUUUAAAAAUAAAAUAAACGCAUUGAUUUUGCAAACCUA